CCUCCACAAUAGCUCGACAAUAGCCCCGGCUUCACAUCCACUUUCUGGCCUUCAAUUGCACACGUCGUCUCGCUCAGUUUCCUCUAUUACUACUUGCAUCUCCUUUGUGCCACGCUUGCUAUACUCUUUCAUUUGCUUCUGCCAUAUUCCUAUGGCUGCCGCAGCCAAACUUCCACAGCCAGACGCAGGCGCAGGCUGGGACGAAGCACAAUGCAUAGCAGCCCUCGCGCAGCUUGAGCGACUCAAAACCCAGCUCGAUGAUCUCCGUCUUGCCAUUCCUCGCGUCGUCGAACCCUUCUAUUCACCUCCCACGCCAGCAAUGUUUCGCGCCUUUAAGCAAGGAGUGAUCGGGUCACAGAACGAAAUCAAGAGCUUUCGUAAUCAGUGGCAUGACCAGGACACUCAAGCGAUAUUCGACCAUGCCAGGAAAAGCAUGGGCCAAAACCCGGACCUGAGUGCCAGCGCUCAAGUGCAGCAAUAUGGCUGGAUAGAGAAGGAGUCGAGAGAAAAAGAGGCCGCGUUACUACGAAAAGAUGGUGCGCAAGAGGCGGAAGAAGCCCAGGUUGCCCUCACCCAAGAAGACAUAUCCCGCAUCCUCGACGACUUCCACAAGACUUACCCCAAUCUCAACCUCACCACAGAGAACGGCAAUCACAAUAUCAUGAUACAAUUUGUCUCCACAUCCGCAUCCGCAGCCUCCAGGCUCAGAUUCCGCGUCAUCAUCGAACAAAAAGCAAACGGCCAGCACAAACUGAAUGCGGAAUGUUUGGGCACAGCAGACCCUUCCCCAGCUAUCACUAGGUGCAUUGCGUCACGGCCACAGGCAAACGACUUGAAGUAUCUGUUGGAUAUGAUCGCUGCGUACAAGACAGUCAAAGGAACAUCUUGCGCAAAAUGUAAGAAAAUGUUCGAUAAUGAGAUGAUAGCUCCGGCGGCGAGGCGCAGCAAGCAGGUGACGGACGCAAAUGAAACCUCGGAGACCGUUUGGGAAGCUUUCCACGAAGGCUGCCUCGAUUGAGAUACCGUACGGUUGGUGAUAGCC